AUGUUCAGCCUCUUCGGAGAUCGCGCUCCUUCGUCGCCUCCGAACCCUGCGAAGCUCCAACUCCGACCCAACGAAUGCCAAGUGCUCAGCCUACCUGACGGACGCACUCUUGGCUUUGCAACCUACGGCUCUACGGACCCCUCCCAUCCAGUCGUCUUCCUCUUCCAUGGUCUUCCAGGCUGCCGACUCGUCGGAAGAAGUUGGGACAAGCUCUGCAGAGACAUCGGCGCACGUCUCAUUACUAUCGAUCGACCGGGCUGUGGAGAUUCGACUCUCGCUGACCGUCGCCUCAUUGACUGGCCAAGCGAUGUCGUGAGCCUUGCCGACUACCUCAAUAUUGAUCGAUUCAGUGUGUUAGGUGCUAGCGGAGGCGGACCAUAUGCUUUGGCUUGCGCACGCUUCAUCCCCAAAGAGAGACUCCGAGCUACAACUGUCGUAUGCGGCAUUGGACCUAUCGAGGCGCUCGUAGACUUUGCACCAUAUCUCCCAUGGCACGCCAGAGACAUAACGCUAUGGUUGUUACGCCAGGGAGCCCUCCAUGUCUUUCUGCCACACGUCCUCAUUCGCCCCUAUCUUACUAGGGACCCUUCUCAUCUUAAGCGCGUCCUCGAAGACCAGGCUAAGACUGAAGAAGAGAAAGAGCAGUUUCGUGACGAAAAAGGAGAAACUAAUCUCGAUGAUGUUGUUGCAUCACUACUUGAGACCUUCAAGCAAGGCUCUGGUGGGUGCAUGCAUGACGGCGCUGUACUUACGGAAGAUUGGGGCUUUGACUUGAAGGACGUGGACAACGAGCGAGUGUGGCUAAUACAUGGCGACCAAGAUGCGCAGGCGCCAUUGAAAGGUGCGCAGUGGGUUGAUGAGCGGUUGGGGGGCGGAAAACUCAAGAUCCUGAAAGGCAAGACGCAUUUCACAAUCUGGAAGAAACACUCGGAAGAGAUAUUUCGGCAAAGCGCUGAGGCGUAA